AUGCUCUUCACCACCGUCCUCGCUUUCGCCGUUGGCGCCAUCGCCGUUCCCCUCGAGCAACGUCAAACCGGUCUUUGCAGCUCAGGCUCGCCCCUCUGCUGCGCGACCGAUGUUCUCAACCUCGCUAUCUUGGACUGCGCUGCUCCUGAUGUCACACCAACGACCGUCAACGGUUUCAUCGACACCUGUGCCGCCCAAGGCCAACAGGCCAAGUGCUGCCUUCUGCCCAUCCUCGGCCAGGCUCUCAUCUGCUCGGAUGUGAACCCCACGGCUGCCACUACUACCGCCGCUUAA